AUGGCGCCCUCAGGGACUUCGAUGUUCUCCAAGCUCAGGCCCGGUCAUGCGAAGCGGAAUGCCUCGAGUCUCGCUUCACCAGAGCCCGUUGCAAGCCCCGCCGCUCACGCCCAUCCUCUACCCUCGCCGUCGCAUAAUCCCGAGUACUUCUCCUCACCACGCUUCAACGACAAUGCCAGCUACACCUCAGGCUCCCCCAUAUCGCCCUAUCCGCCCCAGCUGCCGCCCAUUACACGCGUCACCUCGAAGCUCGACAAAGCCGCGUCGCCUAAUAGCUCCCAAUAUACCACCAGUCAGCAUUCGGCGAGUACUGGGGGCAGCAGCAGUAAGAUGGCACAGGAUCGCGGCAUGCUCUCUCCGCCCCAAAGGACACAGGACCACCUGUCCCCUGGCUAUGAAAACAAGCCGCCGUCUGCACGCUCACACGCUGGAAGCACACCCACGAGCGCUCAUCGACCGACCCCGGGCUUCCCUCAAAAGACAGUACCUACGCCAGCGUCCGAGACACCUCCCCAACCAUCCUCCCAUCUAGCACCUUCCGUCAUAUCUCCCAGCUAUUCAAACUUCUCCAAGUCACAGACAUCGCUGCUGAGUGGCAUCAGCGAUAAACUUACGGGCAGUUCCAAGAGCACCUCGACACCGACAGCCGCCCCCAGUAAGUCAAGAUCGAGACUAACCCUGCGCAACCCCAUGUCGCUUCUAAUGCGACGGAGGUCUGGACAGACCCUGGAUCCUCUCGCCGACGAGUCGCUCGUCACUCAACGCUCGCCUUCCAACGUCCCUCCCAUGCCCGACAACUACGACCCCAGCAUCCGCGGAAAGAUUAGACACGAUUUCGAUGCGCCUAGACUAAACCGAGGUUACUCCUACAACAAUGCGUUGGAAGGGGGCGAGGCACAGCAGGAAAUAGGUCGUGUCAGCCCGCCCAAGAUUGAGAAAGAGCAUACACCCGUGUUCCGUGAACACUUUGACGAUGACACCAGCUACGAGCAGUCGCAAGCUGCUAUAAGGGCAGAGCAGUUGGUGAACAAGGACUUCCUCGCAAGAAAUUCUGUACAAUUCCCACCACCCGAACGCUCAGUUCCUCCCCCACCACAACCCAUGAACUCGCCGCCACCGCCUCCGCCACCGCCACCGCCUCCUCCACAAUCGUCUCCACCACCCCAGCCGUCAUUCCAAGCGUUUGAAAGCGGAUCCUCGGUCUUAUCGCCCGUACAGGAGUCGGAGAAUCCCCUGGACGUGUCUACAGAUGUCACCCCACGGAAGAGGAAGUCGACCAAGUCACCACCACCGCCUGCACGAUCAAGGGCAACAUCCGUUACAGACCCAUCGUUUCAGCCAGCGGGGCUACCAGCACAUUUCAGCAGUCGAGCAUCCAGAUUCAGCUUCCAGAUAUCCGGUGGCACGGAUUCUGCGCAAGAGAAGCUGCUCGAGGAGCGACACAAGGCAAAGGAGGCGGAGAAGAAGCAGGCGCGGAACUCUACCAACUCAGUCGAAGACGAGUACGAUGACUACGGCAUGGACGAUUACGACGACAUGGACGGCGGUUUUGAUGAAGAGAUACCAAUGCUGGGUGAAGAGGACGAGUUUGGGGGCGGGCUAGGAGAUCAGACACUGGAUUCCGGAAUGAACGCUUUCGACUUCUCAUCUCUGUCGAUACAGCAGAAUAUGAGCAACACAGCGAGCCCAAUGAACCUAACGCAGACGCCUGUUGAUAUCAACGGAAACCCUAUCGGUUUUGCCAUGUCGCAAGAGAUGCUCCAGCAAUACCAGAUGUCAUUGAUGAGCGGUCAAUCGAUUCAACAGAAUACAGCAAAUAUGCAGACUUAUGGACUGGGUCUAACCAGUCUUUCGGGUAAGCCUGCUGAGUCCUCUCCGGUCAAAUCUCCCGAGACGUCUGAGAAUGCAGUCCCCUCAGACGCCAACCAACAAAGCUUCGAAAAUAUUGAUCUCGAUGACGAUAUGUACUUUGACGAUGGACUUAUUGGUGACCAGGACGACAUCGAGUCUACAGAAUUCGACGAGAAUGUCUUCGAUGACCCUAAUGGGCCAUUGUACGAAAGGAAGGUCAAAUUUGCUGAAGACGAGUUAUCGCCGGCUACUCAUCAGCCCCGUGGGUUUGAUGUAUUGAGCUCAGAGACAGGCUAUGAAGCGGAUGAUGACACUGUAUCAAAGCACCUCGAGAAGUCGGAGCCUUCACUGGCACACAAGACUUCCAUCGCACAGCAGCGACCUGUGCCCAGUUUCGACAACCUCAGCGCAUAUCACAGUGCUCUUGCCGAUGCCGCUACGCGUGCUGAGGCUGCUGGCCGAUUUGCAAGGAAGGCGAGCGUGGACGCCGGUCAAACUAACUUUGACGUCGACGAUCAGUCGUCGCUCAGCAACUCGCGACCCAGCCUUGUUCCUGACGAUGGGCGUUUCAGCGUAGAUACCCUUAGCUUCCCGCAGGAUGAUGAGAUAUACGGCAUGAGCUCCGGUUUCGUUGACGACUACGACUACAGCGACUUUGACUCUGCUAUGGAGGAUGACCCCAUCAUUGCCGAGGCAAAUGCUGAAGCCCUGGCCUAUGACGAUGAGGGAUUCUACGGCCAAGAGUUUGGUUUCUACGCUUCUGCAGUCGGCGAGUCACCAAGCGCUUGGGGUGGCUUCUUUGGACCAUCUGGCCUAGGUCGCACAGUCAGUGGUCGCAACGCUGUGCGAGAGCCGAGUUUGACACCUAUCACGGAGCGCAGCGAGUACAGCACGCGCAAUUCUUUCAUCAGUCUCAACCACUUCCGCGAUGGACAGCAACCAAUGUCGAGCCCCGGCCUGGCACAGCUUGCUCGUAUGAGCCCGUAUGGCUUUCCUGGACCUGCAGAAGAAGACAUGAGUCUUGAUACGUUAAUGAAGUUGCGAAAAGGCGCCUUUGGUGGAAGUGUGGCUAGUCUACCGGCCAGUGCCGCUAAUAGCCCACGCAACUCUUCACCCAUGGGCAUGCAGUUCGUACCCCGGGCGUCAAGCCCUGUUGGUAAUCGCAUGAGAGAGCAGCCUUCCGACUCCCUCGAGAGCUCAUAUUCCUCCAACAAUAUCUCUUCUGAUUACCAAGAUGAUCAUGAAGGCCGCGAGGAAGAUGAUGACGGACUCAUGGAUGCUGUUAAUGGCGCGUACGAGUCUGGAGGAUCCAGUGAAGAGGACUACGGUGCAGUUGAACGGCCUGAAAGCCCUACUCUCACAGCUAGCGAUUAUAACGGUGUCGCUAGCCCAACUGGAUACGGCAUCGGGAAUGAAGCACCACUUCUUCCUCCGAUUUCCGAACUGUACGCUCAGCACAACAUGAGUCUAGCCUUGUCCCCAGGUGGUAUGUCCGCAACUUCACCUUCCAACAUUUCCCUUCCCGUAUCGCCAUUCCCAAUGCCGCUCUCUUCGCCAUACCUACCGCAACAUCAAAAUCGACCGCCGAAUCCACCUUCAAUAGACACGUCGCUUUCCUCGCCAUCCGCGCCCACUGUUUCUACAUCCGGCGGACCACGGAGACAGAGUAUGGGUCUUAGUCCGAUCUCUAACUCUUCUCCCAUCACGCCGAAUGGUGGAAGCGGCGGUGGAUGGAACCGUGGACAUAGCAGGAAGGGCAGUGCGGCAGAUAGCGUGACAUAUGUACGUGAGCACGACGAAGCUGGUGAGGGAAGAUGGGUGCUAGAACGUCGACGAACGGCUGAAAGUGGUGAGCUGGAAUUAAUUGGCAGGGAGAUUGUAGAAGGCGGACGGAUAUAA